UCAGCACAUCUAAUGUUGUCAUUAAUCAAGGCGGCUUUGAAAAGGCAGUGGACAAGAAACAGCUCAAACGGCACAACAACGAUAGUAUUCGACAUGAUCUCCUAUCUUUGACAUGGAAAACAGGACUGUGAGUCACCACCAAUGCCCUGGCAUCAUGUUGAAAUGGUCCCUCCCUGAACUGCAACGCAGGUUUCUUCAACGGGAUCUCCCCUACGAGGCUUUGGUUCGCAACAUGGGUGGCUUUUCUGCUGCUAGCCCUACAACUCCAGCCUACCUCACCGUGAAUAGUCCCGAAGCUACCUAUUCGUCAUCGCCAACUCAACAGGGAUUAUCGCCAACGAUACUGUUGGUACAACGGAAGGUGUUGGCAGAUAGGGCAAAGCUCUUCCUGGAGGGCAAGGAGAAGGACCUGAUGGCACAGAUGGGAAAUAUGGAGAGGAAGACUGUAGCAACCUGGUUGCAUGACUUUUGGACGUACUCAUUCAUGACCACCAAGUACUGGGGAAAGGGGCCAAGAUCUAGACUGCGUCUUUGAUCAACUUCAAGUCCUUUGCGGGACAAUCUAUUUCAACAACUCCCAACCUGCAAAUUGACGAAGAACAGCAGGGGGCAGCACAGACCCCCGUUCAGUUAAAUUCAACGCUCAAUAGCCCUACACAGCUGUGUAGAUGGGCAAUUCACUGUGAAGAGACGAUAAGCUAUGAAAGAAUAGAUUCACCUCCACCAAAAUCGC